AUGAUAAAUGACACGUGCUUGAAGAUUUCUACACAUCCGGAUGUUGAAGAUCUCUCAUUCACUGAUGUAAACGCAGAUAAACUUCUGUCACUGGCUAGCAGCUGUUUAGAAGAAAAUGCGCCAUCCUUGAGGACUAAUGACUCAUUAUCAAAUUCGGGAGAAACUGUUCAUGAAACAGAUGUAUGUACGCAAGAAACUGAGAUCAAAAGUCUGCAUACAGAAAAAAAAACUGAUCAGUUAAAUGCAAAUAAGUUUUUAUCGAAAGCAUUGGGAAAGGUUCCAUGUAUGAAGCGUAGAGAUGUCAUUGAUCUUGCUACAGAUGAAGAGAAGAGAAGCCCUAACGAUCGUUGGUUUCUGAACAAAUUUGGAUCAUCUGGUGUUAAUCGUUGUCGAAAAAAAUGGAUAUCUACUCGUGACCAGUCCAUUUCUCAACGUACACUCAUGCAAGUGAGUUUGAAGACAAAGUUGGAGGAGAAACGUCGCUGUGAGCAGCAGAAACGACAAGUGGUAUAUGAUGCAGACAACUGCGAAGUAAUAAGUGAAAAUACAUGUGGAAUUUUGGAUUACGACAGCAAAUCAUCGGAAUCGGAAACGAGUGAAAAGGAAGAAUUGAAUUACAUCGCAAAGCAGGAUGAAACGGCUAGUAGUAAUUAUAUUUAUGGAAAAAAAAUUGACAAUGUUUGUCUUCUUACUCAAAAAAUGCAAGUUCAUCACAUCUUUCAGGUUGAUAAUGUGUCUGAUGAAAAACUGCUCGAAGAUAAUGAAGAAAAAUCUAACUUCGGAAUAUGUACAUUUCGUGGGAGAUUUUCUGAAAUAGGUUCAAGCGAUGACAUGAGUUCGUUGGGUCUUGGAGACAAUAUAUUGGUGGAUACCGUCGCUGGUUCUUGUGAUUUCCAUGUUCAUGAUUAUGCUGCCAGGAAAUUAGACGCAUCAGUGAAGUAUGAUUAUUGGAUUAAAAACAAGGAUUUUGGGGUACGAUGUAAAACUCCGGAAUGGGAAAGUAUGAUGAUAUCCGCCACAACGAAUAUGUGGAAGAAUUCGUUCCAGCUGGAGCCAAAAGACUUUAUGGCUAUAGCCACGAUAUCAACGGUUACUAAUCAAAUACGGAAUUCACAAGCAACCUGCAUGCUUGAAAAGACUGUACCUGCCAAGGGACGUGCUAGGACAUCGACUUCAUAA